UGCAAGUGGGCUUGUCUUAUUCUUACCAUCAUUUUUUUUUGUGUUCCGUUUCUCCUUAACCCUUUUGCUGCCAAUACACUUGCCUCAAACAGCACACGUACAAAUACAAAAUGUGCUUUAUGUUUCAUAACAUUGUAUUGUUCUUUAAUUGCCUCUAAUCUGUGUCAUUUUGUUGUUCUCUUUUUUGUAGAUGACUUUUUAGACAAGAAGCGAGAAUGCUCUCCCAACAGUAACAGCGAGUGCCCAGUGGAAAGCAAGAAAGCCAGAAGCGAGUCUCCAAAGGAAAACUCCCAAACUCCCUUGCUGGAAGAGCCAUUGGCUCAAAUGACCCCAGAGGAGCAUUACAGACGCAUGAUGUCAGCACUUAAUGAACACAGCAGCUUUGAGGAGCAGCAACAGCGGCUCUACCAGCUGGCGAACACCAUGGCUGUACCUACACACAGUGAUCUGUUGCGGGCACGCCAAGAAGUGGCAGCUGCUGUGGUGAGAAACCCAGGAGCGAUGGAAGCUCACAUACCCACCUCAAGUAACUCCUCAAGCCAGCGGAGGAAGCAAGGCCUGCCGCAGCAUCGGGACACCUCCCACUUCACAGACAGGGAAAUUUCUCACCCACCCCCUUUGCUGUCACCUCAGAAUGCUCCUCAUAUUGCCUUGGGACCACAUUUAAGGCCACCAUUUCUUGGGGUGCCCUCUGCUCUGUGUCAGAGUCCAGGUUAUGGUUUCUUACAGCCAGCCCAGGCGGAAAUGUUUGCACGACAGCAGGAAAUUCUGCGGAAACAGAACCUGGCCAGACUUGAAAUGUCUGCUGAGAUAAUACGUCAGAAGGAACUGGAGAACCUACAUAGACAGAGACUUUUGGCUGGCGAUCCACUGACCCUUCACCCUGGUUUACCACCUGACCACCCUGCUCUGCGUAACAUGCAUGAGCUCCCAGAGGGCCACCCUUUAAGAGAGGAACUGUCCAGAAGGAAUGCCAUGCUUGUUCUAAGACACAGUAACACCCCUCUUCUCUCCCUGAACCACCAGGGAGUACCAAGUGUGCCUCCUCCCAAGGAAUCCCAGAGUGCAAGAAGGGCAAGUCGAAAGUCUGCUCAUCACCGGAUGGAAGCUCAGGGAAACCAUGGAGAAGCAAAGGAACUCUUGGAUCAGCGUUUGAGAGAGGGCGUUUCAGAAGGCAAUGACGAGGAGAUGAAAGAUUCAGAAAGUGAGGCAGAGGAGAAGACAGACAGCUUAAGAGUGGAGCGAGGAGCCUCCUCCUCAUCUCAUGAACUGCAAGAGUGUAAAGACACCCUCAAAGGAGGAGAUUCUGUAAAAGAGUCCAGUGAUACUCAAACUCACCAAAGCCUCCCCUGUGGACCUGCAGAGUCACCCACUCAUGUCUUAGGACCAGGAAUCAGCAAAGGAGAUGGAAAGUACUUGCCCACAAAUUCAGUGCCUCCACCUCAGCCAUUUCCUUUUGGAUUCCCCUAUGCGGUCAACCCGUAUUUCCACACAGGUGCCAUGGGGGGACUCUUCCUGGAUGGGGAGGACAGUGUGGUGCUGGAAGACCUCAGCAAAUGGACAGUGGAGGAUGUCUGCAGCUUUGUGGGCAGUCUGUCUGGCUGUGCAGAAUACACACAGGUAUUUCGGGAGCACUGUAUAGAUGGGGAAACUCUGCCACUACUGACUGAAGAGCACUUACUGAAUAACAUGGGCCUGAAGCUUGGGCCAGCACUAAAAAUAAGAGCACAGGUUGCCAAGAGACUUGGACGAGUCCUUUAUAUGGCCAGUUUUCCAGUGGCAUUCCCUCUCCAGCACCCAAGCCUGCGAGCAGCAGACAGAGAACUGGGAAGCAGUGAGAUUAGACCUCCCUCUACGGGUAGUGCUGGAUCUCCCUUUCCCACUGCCCUCCUUCCUCCCAGCCGCAUUUCACCGAAACAUGAAAACGGCAGUACAGCAUACUUAAACGAACCUGCUAAAUCCCUUUCUUAA